AUGGUCGCCCUGUCCAUCUCCGCCCUGUUGCUGCUCUCUCUGCGCGCCCUCACCGUCCUUGGGGCCGAAAAGGUCGAGCCCGUCGCUGAGCUUAACGAGGAGCCGCAAACGCCCAAUCUCAAUGUGGCCAUCUCGGUUUCGUUCCCCCAGUCGGAGAUUUUUGGCGUCAAGCUCAUCAAUGGCCAUGCCACUGAGGCGCGGCUGUCGAUUAGCAACAAGGAGCCCAUGCCCAUUGGCGUGACCAUCGUGGGCGGCUCACUGAUCCAGGAGGUCGGUGGACAAUCGCAGAUCGUGCGCAACCUCACGACGCAAAAGUACUCCAUCUCGAUCCCCGCUGGCGCCGAAGAGACAGUCCCCUAUACGUUCAGCACCGAGCUGCACCCCCAGGAUCUGCGUCUGCAGCUCAUUGCGGUGCUAAGCGACAGCAAGAACGCCCUGUACACCGUUCCCGCCUACAACGAGACUGUCACUGUGGUGGAAGCACCCACGAGCCUCUUUGACCCACAGAUUCUCUUCCUGUACCUCGUGCUUCUCGGCGCCUUCGCUGGUACCGCCUACUUCGUUUACAACACCUGGAUCUCCACUUUCUUCCCUCAGAAGAAGGGUCGUGGCAAGGGUGGCGAGCGCGCAAAGAGGUCCUCAGCCGGUACCAUCAAGGUCGACCCUGCUGACCAGAUUGCGGUCGUGGGUGCUGAUGGCCCCGCUGUUACCUCUGGUGCCAAGGCCUACGACGAGAGCUGGAUCCCCGCCUCGCAUCUACAGCGCCCUGAGGCCAAGCGCGUUCGUAGUGGAACCCCCAAGACGAAGCCAAAGGCCUAG